AUGGCAAAUAAAGUUCCCACAGAAAUAUUAAUUAAAAUUUUAAAUAAUCUUCAAUCAUCAUCUAAAUCAACUCGAGAUUUAUAUUCAUCAUUAUUAGUUAAUCGAAUCUGGUGUAAAGUUACUAUACCUAUACUUUGGGAACUACCUUUUGGUCAAAAUUGUAGUACAAAAACAGAUACAGAUUAUAAGAAGUUGAAUAAGAAAGCAUUGUGUAUUCGAACUUAUAUAUCAUAUCAAGAUAAUAACAAUAGUAAGGAUGUUGAUAAGGAAUUUGUCACCACCGUAUCGAGAAUAUUAUUUCAUGAGAUAUGCAAAUUAAUAAUAAAUCGAUGUACAUUUUUGGAUUACUUUAAAUUGGCGACAGUUCCUCUUCAUUCCCCAUUUUAUUAUUUUAAUUAUAAAGAUUUAAUUUGUUCAAUUCUCGAGUUACCUGGUGCCCCAAAAGUAUUUAAGAAGCUAGAAAGUUUUACUUCGAAGAUAAGAUCUGAUGAUAAUCUGAUUGGAUCAUUAUAUGAAUCGUUAACAUUAAUUUGUGAUAACAUUUUAAAUAUGAAUUUAUAUUUUAAGUCAAUUCCUCAAGAUCAAUUGAUAAAACUUAUUAGUGUUCAAAAACGGCUAGAAAAUUUAUCAAUUAAUGGUGAUUAUCGGCUAUUGACCAAUUCAUUAUUUUUUGAGGCUAUCAUUAGUAAAAAAGAAACAUUAAAGAAUCUUCGUUUAAAGAAAUUAAAUUUUUCUUAUUUCAGGGAAAAAUUGUCAUUAAAUGGACAAUUUAUUUUACUUCAAAAACUUUAUAUUAAGAAUUGUUACGAAUUGCAAGAAUCAGAUUGCUUAAUAUUGGCUUCAUCAUUUACUCAAUUGAGUAGUUUUUAUUAUUUUCAUCCGAGAGGUUAUAGCAGUUAUCCUCGAGAAUUUAUUAUAGAAAUUCUCAAAACGGCAAAUACAAAUUUAAGAAAUAUUUUUCUGGAC